GAUUGACUUGAUAAAGCAACUACCAUCUUGCAGUACAGGGGACUGAGCACGUCUAACAUUUUUUGCAACCAAUACGUGUUUGGAAACGGGGUGGGUUCAGUGUUACCAAGGCUCAUCCGACGUCAAGUAUAAAGGGAAUAUCAUGGUGCCCAAGUGGCCAUGAAUGUUUACGUUAAGGAAAGACAACGAAAAGACAAGGCUAGGUGACGAACUAAGCUCAAGAAACUAUUUUUGGGCGCCGUUUUGUCACUUCUUCCAACUGUAUUCACUUUAUGGUUUGGUAUGUGAAUGCCUUUUUACUAAUGAGACACUUUUACCAAUGGAAAAGGGGUUUCAGUUAGGAAACGUGGGCAUUUCUCUAGUGCUCCUGUUGUUGCUUCGAGCUUUGACUGGGACUUCUGCAACUCAAGCUUCCGUCGGGAAGGACACAGAAACGGCCCUGGACCAGACCGACGAUGGAGUUACGGAGCGGGCCCUUGAAAGCGUCACCACCUCAGGUUAUGGGGACGUGACUAUUGAAGAUGACGAGAAUGGUGCGAAUGUAGAAAGCGAGGAGACACCUGGGGACAGCGAUGGAAGCUUCAACCACAAAAGGUCGCUGGUGAUCAUCAGUACUCUGGACGGCCGGAUCUCCGCUCUGGAUCCCCACAAUCAGGGCCUGAAGCAGUGGGAUCUGGAUGUGGGCUCAGGCUGUCUGGUCUCCUCCAGCCUCAGCAAGCCAGAGGUGUCUGGUAAUAAGGUGAUCAUCCCGUCUCUGGAUGGGGCGCUGUUCCAGUGGAACCGUGACCGGGAGAGUAUGGAGGCCGUGCCCUUCAGCGUGGAGUCUCUGCUCGACUCGUCCUACCGCUUCGGCGACGACACCGUGCUGGUGGGGAGCAAGGCACUCACCACCUACGGCCUGGGAGCCUACACUGGAAAGCUGCAGUACAUCUGCUCAACGGUGGGCUGCAGUCGCUGGGAUGGAGAAGAGGCGGAGCCUGAGGACGUGCUCCUCCUCCAGAGGACCCAGAAGACGGUCAGAGCGGUCCGGCCUCGGAGCGGCCUCGAGAAAUGGAACUUCAGUGUGGGAACCUUUGAGCUGAUGUUCCUGCCUGACUCUCAGUCGGGUCUCAACUUCCUGGAGGCGGAGCCACAUGUCGGGGACACACUGAGGAACAAGCCAGUGCUGAUCGACGAGGCCGAUGCUCACACACACACUCACUCGGACGCGCUGGACCUGGUCAUCAAGGUGUCCGUGCCCGGAUGGAAGGUCAUGGCCUUUAGCAACAAGCUUGGGGGUCAGCUGAUCUGGGAGCACCAGUUCUGCACACCGAUUGCUGCCGCCUGGUUGGUUGGCGGGGGGAAGGUGACGCCCAUCAGCCUGUUUGAUGACACGGCCUACACCACGCAGAGUGAGGAGAACAGAGAGGAGGAUGAUGAUGACAUCAUGGAGAAGGCUCGCGAAGCCACUGAGAACAGCGUCUACCUAGGUAUGUACCAGGGCCAGUUGUAUCUGCAGUCCUCAGUGAGGAUCACAGAGAAGUUUCCCUCUAAUUCCAAAGCUUUGGACCAGGGUGACCCCCAGCCUCUGCCUACAGUCCGAUGGAAACCCCUCAUACACUCCCCCUCUCGUACACCUGUGCUUGUACGCUCAGAGGAGUUUGAAAAGUGUCUGAACAAUGACCGGUUUUCCUAUGAGGAAAACAGCAAUGGAGCCCUGUCAGUGCUGCAGUACCCCUAUGACAAUGGUUAUUACCCGUACAGCGCGCGGUACCGUGAGCGGAGAGAGGUGUCUGUGAGGGUACUGUCUGGAGGGGGUCAAGGGGGGUCGGGCAGGAGGAAGGACCCUGUGCUGCUGCUGCCCUGGUGGAAAGAGAUCGUGGGCACCAUCGUCUUCUGCAUCACCGCCACCACAUACAUCGUCCGCAAGUUUUUCCACCCGCCCACCACAGAGGCCAGGCAGAGGAAGGAAUCAGAGACUCAGUGUCAAACUGACAGCAAGUUUGAUCUCGAGGAUCCAGAACCCAAAGAGGUGGUUGUCACGGAAACACGCCCAAGUGAAUAUGUAUCCAGGUACCUGACUGACUUUGAGCCUCUGCAGUGCCUGGGGCGAGGUGGGUUUGGGGUUGUGUCUGAAGCUCGGAACAAAGUGGAUGAUUGUCACUAUGCCAUCAAGAGGAUCAGGCUUCCCAACAGGGAGGUGGCGCGUGAGAAGGUGAUGCGGGAGGUGAAGGCACUGGCAAAGCUGGAGCACCCGGGCAUCAUCCGCUACUUUAACGCCUGGCAGGAGAGCCCGCCCCACGGCUGGCAGGAGGAGAUGGACACACGCUGGCUCAAAGAUGACAGUGUGGCUGAUUGGCCCCUAAGUUCUCCUGAGCACAUGGAGCCGGUGUCCGUGAAGGUUCCAGUGUGGAGCUCGGAGCACUCUGACCCGUCGUGCGUGUGUGUGUGCGGGCCGGGCGGCGGCGACGACGCCAGCAGCAGCAGCCACGUGGCCGAACGGCAGGCUGGCGACAGCCUCAUGUCUGACCACGACCCCGAGCGCGACCUCCUGGACCCCGAGUGCUCGGACUCGCCUCAGUCCUUCGAGCUUUGCCCGCCUCGCUCCAUCUCCAUCCCGUGCGGCGCCAGCGGCGACUGCACCUCCUCCUCCUUUGACAUCGUCUUCGAAGACUCUGGCUGCCACGACAACCGCGAGGACGACUGUGAUGAGGACGACGAUGAUGAUGAGCGCAAUGGCGUCAGCGCCCCGGCGGGCUCUACGACGACACCUAAUGACAAAGCAGCGUCCUCGGUCUCGACCGACCAGCACACCCCAAGCUGCCCCGCCUCCAGCUCACCCCCCCGGCCCUCCACCCUGGCCCUCAGACCCUCCACACCCCCCUCAGUUGCCUGCCGUCCCCUGGGGACCCCAAAGGUCCACCUGUACAUCCAGAUGCAGCUGUGCCGCAAGGAGAACCUGAAGGACUGGAUGGCCCAGCGGUGUGCGCCAGAGCUGCGCGAGCACAGCGAGUGCCUCAACAUCUUCCUGCAGAUCGCCGAGGCUGUCGAGUUCCUGCACAGCAAGGGCCUAAUGCACCGAGACCUCAAGCCCUCUAAUAUCUUCUUCACCAUGGACGACGUGGUGAAGGUGGGCGACUUCGGCCUGGUGACUGCCAUGGACCAGGAGGAGGACGACCAGGAGGAGAUGAGUGCCCUCACGCCCAUGCCAGUCUACGCCCGUCACACCGGCCAGGUGGGCACCAAGCUCUACAUGAGCCCCGAACAGUUAUCAGGGAACUCGUACUCUCAUAAGGUGGAUAUUUACUCUCUGGGCCUGAUCCUGUUUGAGCUCCUUUGCCCUUUCCGCACACAGAUGGAAAGAGUCCGGACUCUGACCGAAGUGAGAGCUCUACAGUUCCCUGCCUCUUUCACCAAGAACAAUGUCCAAGAGGCGGACAUGGUGCACUCCAUGCUGUCUCGCAACCCUGCGGACCGUCCAGAAGCGUCCGACAUAACCGACGAGGAGCUCCUCAACGAUUUUGAGCUGCCCUGCAGAGCCCGCCAACGCUCACGGACAUACAGCGCAUCCUCUGCAGGAAGACCUUCUCGCUCCUCACACACAUAAACACACACACACACACACACACACACACACACGCAGAUCAAUACACACACGUUUAAAAACAUACACAUUUGAGUUGCCCUGCAGGGUUGACCAGACUCACAGACAAUACAGCAUUCCAUCUAAAGGAAGAUGUACUCGUACAUCACACAGAUGCGCACAUAGACACACACACACACACACACACACACACACACACUUAAUUGAGCAGCCCUGGAGGCUGUGCUUCCUCUAUUGCACUACACUUACAAACAACAGCUGAUGUUUAACCUGUACUCACACAGAGAUAUACAUUUUCAUUAACACACACACACACACGAUCAUGCAGACAGACUGCCUUUGAUUGCUGCAGUCCGCUUCUCCGCCUCAAAGGGGGAAGCUGGGAUAUCAGUCCAUUUUUCUGCCUGCAUGAGGAAGUCGGGAAAUCUCUCUCGCCUGUCUGAACUUUUUUCUGUUCUUUUUUUUUUUUUUUUCUGUCUCCAUGGAAACAUCAUUCAGCAUUUGGCUGAAAUGGACACGGGACCCUUUCCUUUUCUCUUUCUGAGUGUAAAUAAGUAAAGACAACAAAACCCACACACACACACACACACGCCUAGACACGUGCACAAACACACACACACACACACUCUCAAAUACACGCUUAACACGGAAGACGUGGCCUCAGUGUUUGGAGGUAUGAAUGGCCUUGGAACAGGCGAAGCUUGAAAACGGAGACUGUUAGCAACGACCUCGCCCAGUCAUCAUAACCAAUGAUGCCCCCUGACCUUUGACUUUGGUCUGGCUGUGUGACGGGUGUGUGUGUGUGCGUACGAGACCUGCGGUACCCUUACCAAACGGAGUGUGUUGGAGAUGGCACACCAUGAUGUUCUCAGUGUGUGUUUUGUUUUGUUCUUUUAACUUGGAGGCAGUGUAGGCGUAAUCACUGAUGUGGUGAGAUGAGUUUUGAUGCCUUCAGACAAGUGUAUUCAAGUGAUGGAUGGAUGGAUGGAUGGGUGUGUGU